GGCUUGUUUUGGCACUGUUGCUUGCCAUCUCCGCAACCUUUUUUUUUUUGCUUAUGAAUAUGAACCGAGGUCUGCGGCGGUAUAAUUAUCCCUUUUUCUCUCUUUUUUUCUCACACAUCUAUCACCAUGAUACGCGCGGCGCUCCAACAGAAAGCGGCAUGGAACAAUGUUGCCAAACGCUUUUACGCACAGCGUCGACUAGAAAAGAAAAACGUGCUCAUUACUGGUGCCAGUUCCGGUAUAGGCGCGGCUUGCGCUCGUGAAUUUGCAAGAGAAGGCUCCAACCUGAUCCUCACCGCACGACGUCUCGACCGAUUGGAAGCAUUAAAGGACGAACUGAAGCAAAAGCACAAUGACAUCAAUGUUCACACGCUAAAGUUAGACGUCCGUAAAAAGCAAAAUAUUGAUGCUGCCGUCGCUUCAUUACCGACUACGUUCAAGGGCAAUAUCGACGUGCUCGUCAACAAUGCUGGAUUGGUGAUUGGCAUGGAUCCAUUAGUGGAAGUCACGGAGGAUGCAUAUGAUACGAUGAUUGAUACAAACGUCAAAGGGCUCGUCUUUCUGACGCAGGCCAUUUUGCCUGGCAUGAUUGAACGACAGCGUGGACACAUUAUCAACGUUGGAUCUGUAGCAGGAAAGCAAAGUUACCGAAACGGGAGCAUCUAUUGCGCGUCCAAGCACGCAGUAGAUGCAAUCUCACGCGCGCUGCUCUAUGAAACCAUGGAAACACCUAUCCGCAUUUCACAGAUCUGCCCUGGGUUAGUAAACACGGAGUUUUCGACGGUGCGUUUCCACGGCGAUAAGCAAAAAGCCGACAGCGUGUAUGAAGGCCUUCAGCCCCUGGUAGGUGAGGACAUAGCAGAGCUUAUUGUCUUUACAGCUGGUCGACCGCCCCAUGUCAAUAUUGCGGAUAUGCUCGUCUUUCCUACGAAUCAAGCAGACGCAACCACAAAAUACGCAAAAAAGGGAUAGCGAGUGAAAGACGUAGCCAAGUGUAUAUACCCUCUGGGUCCAACUUUUUUCCAGUUUAUUGUUUAAAGUCUAUAAUACAUUAUUUUGUUGUGGUAGCUACUGUUGUUGCUGUUGCUGUUGUUGUCGAUGAUGAUAAUGAUGGUGUUGGUGUUGGCUCUA